CGAGAGGGAGCAUUCAUUCUCUCGGAGGCACGCACGAAAAGAAUCAGCUCCGAGUGCUCGGAUUUCAGUUCGUUCCCGAGGCUCGGCCUGGCCCUCUGCUGCUGGCAUAGCGAGCCCUGGGCGGCUUGCGAGUGCUCGGCAGUUGUUAGAGGUUUCCACUGUAUUUGUCCGUCGAGAGGAGGAGGAGGAAGGCGAGCUGAGCAAGUGGAAGUGGCAAGAGGAGGGAGGGGCUGCUCCGGGAGGGAGGGUUUUGCCCCGCACUGGUUGAUCGUCGUUGAGCUUCGCUGCAGCGGCGUUUAAGCUGUCGGGAGCGGAGCUGGUUCUGGGGAUUCGGUGAGAAGAACACCUGGCAAUACGUCUGAAAAAGGAUUGGAGUUGACGUGCAGAAAAGAUUUUGACUCGUGACAGCAAGGCGUAUUAGACGUGCAAUGCGGUUCUGUCAUGUUUAGAGGCUUUCGCAUUCCACCGCUCGAUAGUCUCUUAUUGUUUACAACAGUGAUCGUCAUAUCAUAUGGUUCAGAUUGGGCACCUGAUUGGCCGCUCGAGGCUGUUUCUUAAGAUUCCCUACGAAUAUAAGGUAUCCCGAAGAUUUCGGCCGAACUAUUUGUCAGCUUUGUAAUUACGGGAAAGGCCUGGCUCUUUUGCAAAAUUGACGAAAAACCGAUCGAAGCUUAUGACUUACUCGAAUAUGCGCCAUUUAGGUGAUGCCGGAAGUGACCAGGUCAUCACAGCAAUUUGCCUCUGGAGAUUCUGACAAGGCAAAGGAGCCAAUCUAAGUUCGUCGAAAUUUUGGAAUCCACAAUGUCAAGCUGAGAAUGAUCCCGUUAGCUGUAUGAUCUCGCAUCUUUUUGCUAUACUCAAAGCCUUGAUCAUCACCCUGUUACUUUCGGUGGUACUCCAGUUCAGUCGGAGGAAUUUAGAUUUGUCUGCGACUAAACUGGAAAUUUUCACGUCAUGGCCUCUAAGAGAAGGAAUCCUAGCAAGGAUGGGCUGACACUUACGAAAACAGCCCCUACUUUGAAAUUUUGGGACGAUUGUGCUGAUCCGGAGGAUAUACAAGCAUUGUGGGCUCACCAAGCCGUGAACAAAGAGUGGACGGCCGCAGGGGAGAAACCAGGGCAGAAAGUACAUAUGUCACGGACAUUUGAAGGCCCAGCAUGUAUUACAGAGACUGAAAUGAGGGCUAUAGCGGAGAUAAUCAUUGGACGUUUUUUUACGAAAAUUGACCCUGCUAUGAUUUGUGCGAUAGCUGAAAUUGAAAGUGCUCGGAAUCCUCUUGCGUAUCGUUGGGAGGAAAGUGUACAAGAGGCAAGCACUGGCCUGAUGCAGACUCUUCAGUCUACUGCAGAUUGGCUUGCAAAAGACUUGGGAUAUCAGGCGUACUCCGUCGAUUGGGCUUCUUCAAUGCUCUACAGACCGUUUGUCAGUGUCUACUUCGGGUGUGCGUACCUGAAGUGGUUGUCAACCUACGAUAGCAAAAGGAGAAGUGAGGAGUUCAUGGUUCGAGGAUACAAUGGAGGUCCGAAGGGAGCUACAAAUAAAAUCACCCUAGACUACUGGAACAAGUAUUUGGUUGCGAAACAGAAUCUUUACAUGAAGAGUGAUACUAUAGCCCCACCUUUGGCUCCAUCUGUAGCAGUACCUGAAGUCCAGCCCGAGAGCUCGAAACCGAAACCGUGGCCACGAGUGAAGCCUUCUAAUGCUCCCUUAGCUGUCGUUCAUCCUCAAGAAGAAAAACGCGUCGACGUAGCGAAGGAUUGGACAUACUGGGAGGAGAAAUGCUCUGUAGAAGAUAUGGAAUAUAUGUGGAGAAAUGCAUCUGUUAAGAAAGAGUGGGUAAGAGCGGGAGAAAGAAGGGGAAGAGUGCGCUUUUCUCGUGACACGAAAAUGCGUCCAUUUCUUACCAUUGCCGAGCUUCAGGCUAUAGCAGAGAACAUUGCCGGACGAUUUUUCUCCCACAGAGGAAUCAGCCCAGUCAUGUUAUGCUCCAUCGCAGAAAUUAGUAGCAAUCGACUGUUACUUGGACUCGAUGGCCAAAGUGGCAUUUUGGGGCUUCCCUUUGAAACAGCUCUAUGGCUAUAUCGAGACAUGGGAUACAAAUCCUACAGACUGAAAGUGACUGAAGACCUCUUCAAGCCAUUUGUAUCCAUGUACUUCGGUGCAGCAUAUGUUUGCUUUCUGUCAAAUCACGGAAACAGGCCUAGGAGCGACGAGUUUGUCGUUCGGGGCUAUAAGGGUGGAGUGGAUGCGGUGGACGAUCCAGAAACAAUGUCUUUCUGGGUCCAGUAUUUGGAAGCCAAGUCCCACUAUCGGCUACAAACCAGGAAAGGCGAGGGGAGUUGUUGUAUACAAUAGUAUUGAUCUUUUAAAUUCGCCAACUGACAUCGAAGGAAGCUAUACAAACAAUAUCGGGCGCCAUCUACUGAUCUCUACCACCUACAGCUGGUAAGUCCCACAGAGGGUUUGGAUACCCCUCAACAUCCAAUGUAUUCUAUUUAUAUCUCCAAGAAGAGAUUUUCGGAAUUUAUAUCCAAGCUUCCAUUGCUCCCACCAGCAGACGCCUACGCGAAUCAGGAGACAGUGAGUGCUCAGCCGAACCCGAAGCUCCCAAAAUUUAGAUACAACACAGGAAGCUUUAGAAUGCUGACUUGUAGAUUUUACAGCGAUUUUGUUUUCGCACAGUAUCCCAUGCACCAUCUCUAGAAACAAAGAAGCUCUUUAGAGCAUACACUUGAUGUUUUUGUGUGGGUUGCCUGUGAUGAAUAGUGUUAUUAAACCCUCCGAUGGGAAGGCAUUUCGUUUGAAUUAGAGCAGGCACAAGGGUUGCAUUAACCAGGAUACUGGACUGCAUUCAAUACCCUUUGUGUACCGUGGAGUAAUGUAUGUGUACUAUGAAUAGAACCUGCCUCACUUAUGUUC